AUGGAAGUGGAAGUAGUCGCCGACGAAGUCGUUCGCGUUCAAAUGAUCGCGACCGUCGGCGUGAUCGAGAUCGAGAGCGUGAUGACCGUCGAAGUAGCUCGGGAAGAAGUAAAGGAGAUCGUGACAGAGACAGGCGAGAUCGACGCUACUGACUCAUGUGGCUGUUCGGUGGAAUAUUCUCCGUGA